AGUGUGGGCUGCUGCUGGCAGCUACAGGAUGAAGUCGCCUCCCUGCUGCAUGUCUCUUUCUUCCCAAGCAUCUUUGGAGGAUCCGGGGAGUAGCACAUCUCUGGGUUCGCUGGAGUCCAGUGUUUUCUCCAGUGAGGAAGAGCAGGGGCCCCUGCUCCAGAAGGUCAUUCCCUCUCUGGACUGCUUUACUAUCAAUGUAGGAGGCAGUCGCUUUGUGAUGUCCCAGCAAACUUUGUCUUGCUACCCUGACACCCGUCUUGGCAAACUGGCAGUAGUGGUUUCUGCUGCCCGGGAUGUGGCUUCUGGCCUCCUUGAGCUCUGUGAUGAUGCCAACCUCUUGGAGAAUGAGUAUUUCUUUGACCGAAACUCACAGGCAUUUCACUACAUUCUGAAUUACUACCAGACGGGGAGGCUGCAUGUGAUGGAGCAGCUUUGUGCACUCUCUUUCCUGCAAGAGAUCCAGUACUGGGGCUUGGAUGAGCUCAGCAUUGAUUCCUGCUGCAGAGACCGGUAUUUCAGGAGGAAGGAGCUGAGUGAAGCCUUAGACAUCAAGAAAGAUGCAGAAGAACUGGAUGCCCAAGAAGAAGAAGAGGAUUUUUCUGGUAGCCUCUGUCCCAAUGUCAGACAGAAACUUUGGGAAGUUUUGGAAAAGCCUGGCUCCUCUGCAGCAGCCAGGACGUUUGGCACCUUGUCCAUGGUUUUUGUUGUUGUGUCAAUUGCCAACAUGGCCUUGAUUUCGGUAGAGCUCAGCUGGCUGGCCCCAGCACUGCUGGAUGCCCUAGAGUACCUGUGCAUUGCGUGGUUCACAGCGGAGUUUGUCCUGAGGCUCCUGUGUGCACGAGAUCGGUGCCGCUUCCUAAGGAGUGUGGCAAACAUCAUAGACCUCCUUGCUAUUUUGCCUUUCUACAUCACCCUGCUGGUAGAGAGCCUGUGUGGUGGUGAGAGCUCCCAAGAACUGGAGAAUGUGGGGCGCAUUGUCCAAGUGCUGAGACUUCUUAGAGCCCUGCGGAUGCUGAAGCUGGGAAGACAUUCAACAGGCUUGCGGUCUCUUGGGAUGACUAUUGCUCAGUGCUAUGAGGAGGUUGGCCUUCUGCUUCUUUUCCUCUCUGUAGGAAUCUCUAUAUUUUCCACUGUGGAGUACUUUGUUGAACAAGGUGUGCCAGGCACAACCUUCACAAGUGUACCUGGUGCUUGGUGGUGGGCAACAACUUCCAUGACAACAGUUGGUUAUGGUGACAUUAGACCAGACACUACCAUUGGUAAGGUAGUAGCCUUUAUGUGUAUACUAUCAGGAAUACUGGUUUUGGCUUUGCCAAUAGCUAUAAUAAAUGACCGUUUUUCUGCCUGUUAUUUUACACUGAAGAUAAAAGAAGCUGCUCUUCGGCAGCGUGAAGCUUUAAAGAAACUCAUGAAGAACUCAUCCAGUGAUUCAAAUAUCAAUGUUAAUUUGCGAGACAUAUACGCACGCAGUGUCAUGGACAUGUUGCGGUUAAAAAGCAGAGAGAGAGCAAGUACAAGGAGCAGUGGUGCAGAUGAAUUUUGGUUUUGACUUUGGGUGCGAUAAUUUUGGGGUUUGGCUUUGAACUUAUUUAAUCUUGUGUAGCACAUAGACGACUUCAGAAAUUUAGUAUUAAGUAUCUCUUUUUUAUUAUUUGCCACACAGUGUGUUUGCUUUUCCAGGUGGAGUUUUACUUACUUGGACAGAUUGAAAUAUUUAUUGUAUACAAAAGGCAGAAUUCAUAACAUGAAAUCUCUCAAGAAACUCUCAAACCUGCUUUCAGAACUCGAUCAUGAUAGGUGAGAUGGGAAAUAAUGGAUCCAUGAAAGUAAAACAAUGAUGCAAGCAUUUGUCUAAUCUAAAUCCCUGCUAAUGUAUCAUAAUAAAGUUUUGGUGAAAAUUG